AUGAUGGCUGGCUGGCUGCUCUCUGUGAUGAGUAUUGAAGUACUACUUUUGGCAGAACCUUGCCUGAAUUUACGUAUUGAACCUGAAGAAGGUAGCCUUGCAGGGGGAACAUGGAUCACAGUCAUUUUUGAUGGUUUGGAGCCAGGUGUCCUUUACCCCACCAAUGGCUCUCAGCUGGAGGUACACCUGGUGAACAUGGCUGUGCCUGCAUUGAGGAGCAUCCCCUGUGACGUCUCUCCUGUCUUCUUGAAUUUCCCCGUGGUGACAUGCCGGACCAGAUCUCUGCCAUCCAAAGCUCAUGAGGGUCUGUAUUCCCUGGAAGUGCGCUCUGGGGGACAGGUAGUGGGCAGCCCAAGUUCAAGACCACAAGACAGCUGUACUUUCAAGUUUUCCAAGGCACAGACACCGAUUGUUUACCAAGUUAAUCCACCAAGUGGAGUUCCAGGGAAACUAAUUAAGGUGUAUGGCUGGAUUAUCACUGGGAAGUUGGAGACCUUUGAUUUUGAUGCUGAGUACAUCGAUAGCCCGUUGAUCUUGGAAGCUCAAGGAGACAGUUGGGUCACUCCUUGCUCUCUGAUAAACAGGCAGACAGGAAGCCACUAUCCUUCUCAGGAAGACCGUGGUCUUGGUACUCUGCAGUGCCGUGUGGAAGGCGAUUACAUUGGCUCCCAGAAUGUUAGUUUCUCAGUGUUUAACAAAGGAAAGUCAGUGGUACACAAAAGUGCCUGGCUGAUCAGUGCUAAACAGGAGCUCUUCCUAUACCAGACACACUCAGAAAUCCUAUCUGUGUUUCCAGAAACUGGGAGCCAUGGGGGAAGAACAGAUAUCACAAUUACGGGAGACUUUUUUGACAAUUCUGCCCAGGUUACCAUAGCCGGCAUUCCAUGUGAUAUUAGACACGUGUCUCCCAGGAAGAUUGAGUGCACCACCCAGGCUCCAGGAAAGGGGGCAAGGCUCACUGCUCCUCAGGCAGGCAAUCGAGGGCUUCUUUUUGAAGUCGGAGAUGCUUCUGAUGGCUUGGAACUGACUGAAGCAACCCCUGGGUACAGGUGGCAGAUUGUGCCUAAUGCCAGUUCUCCAUUUGGGUUUUGGUCAAUGGAAGGACAACCUUUCAGAGCUCGGCUCAGUGGGUUCUUUGUGGCUCCAGAGACAAAUAAUUAUACAUUCUGGAUCCAGGCAGACAGCCAAGCUUCCUUGCAUUUUAGUCAGACAGAGGAACCAAAGACUAAGGUGGAAGUGGCCUCCGUCAGGGUUGGCACUGCUGAUUGGUUUGACUCCUGGGAACAGAACGGGAAUGAAGGGCCCUGGCAACAGAAGACAGCGAAGUUGGAGCUGUUGGGGGGGGCCAAGUACUAUCUGGAAGCAGAGCAUUAUGGGACAGCCCCCAGCAGGGGAAUGAGAAUUGGGGUCCAGAUCCACAACACCUGGCUGAAUCCUGAUGUGGUCACCACUUACCUCCGAGAGAAGCACCAGAUCCGAGUCCAAGCCCAGAAACUUCCAGAAAUACAGAUGCUGAAUGUAUCAGGCAGAGACAGCCUUUUCCUUAUGUGGGACAAUGUUUCUAGCCAGCCAAUCCCUGCAAAUGCCACAGCCCAUCAGAUUCAAACCACCAUUGAGGAGUUACUUGCUGUAAAAUGCACACUGGAACCCCUUUCAGCCAACAUCCUCCUCCAACUUGGAUUUGAACAAGGACUGGAAGGUUCCAGCUCUGAUGGGGACAUCACCAGUGGGACAGAGCCCUUCUGUGGCAGAUUCAGCCUCCGUCAGCCUCGACAGCUUGUCCUGACCCCCAUAGUUAUGCAAAUGAGCUAUCGACUAGAUGAGUACCCUCAUCUGUGUAUCGCAUACAAAGGCUAUAUGAAUAAGAUCCUAAAGAUGACUGUGUCUUUCACAAUUGGCUUUCAAACCAUCAAAAAGAAGAACAGCACCUGUGACUGGAGUCUGCCUGGGACCAGCCCUGAGAGCUGGGAGUUCACAUGCACUGACCUCUGGGACACAUGCAUGCAUCGCUCCGGGGACCUCCAGCUGCCUCUGUCAAAUGUCCCUGUGUCAAUUCAUCAGAUUGUCCUCCUUCCUUUGCCCCAAGAGACUGGUCAGCUCUAUAUGGAUGAAAUUAUUAUCACAGACACAAACAUAACAGUUUCUCCAGUUGAUUAUGGAACAGCUCGUCCAGGUGGGAACCUGGUGGAAUCCAUCUCUGUGGUGGGAACCCCUCCAGUCUACAAUGUAGCCUUCUGGCCUGCAGGGUGUGGCCUGGAGCUCCCACUUAUCACUGCAUGCUCUGUGCCCACUGAAGAAACAGAAGGAUCUGGACCGGUCCAUGUGACAGCACAAAGACUACAGAGGACAAGUCCACCUUUGGGAGGACAUUUUCGCAUCCAAUUUCCUAACACAGAGAUUCCUGAUGUCCCUGUGCACAUUUCUGCAAGGCACCUUCGAAAACUCUUACAGGACAAUGCUGAUAACUUCACCUCCAGAUACCUCAAUGUCAGUGAUUUCACUGUGAAGGAGGAUCUAAACUCUUGCUAUGAACAUGUAUGGACCCUUUCCUGGUCCACCCAGAUUGGGGAUUUGCCCAAUUUUAUCAGAGUGUCUGAUCAAAGUCUGACUGGGAUGAAUCCUGUGGUAACCACUCGUGUGGUGUUUGAUGGUGGAGUUUUUCUUGGACCCAUGUUUGGAGACAUGCUGGCCACUGCCAACCAGCACACUCAGGUGGUUGUACGAGUGAAUGACAUACCAGCUCAUUGCCCAGGUUCCUGUUCCUUCCAAUAUCUCCAAGAGUCAACUCCCAGCGUCCAUUCUGUGUGGUAUUCCCUUGAUGGUGACAUCAAUCCACUGGUUUAUAUUACUGGAACUGGUUUCCCUGAUGAUUCCCAGUCUUUACAGGUUACGGUGAACAAAAUGAGUUGCAAAGUUAUUUUCUCAAACCAAACAAAUGUAGUAUGUCUAUCAGACCUGCUGCCAGUCGGAGUACAUCCAAUCUCAGUGUUGGUGAGACCCUCUGGUCUUGCCGUCAAUGCCAGUGGAGAAGGCCUCUUCCUAUACGUGAGACCCAGGCUUGAUGCUGUGGAGCCUUCCAGAGCUGCAGAGAUUGGAGGGCUCUGGGCCACCAUCCAAGGCUCUGGUUUGGAAGGUGUUAGCCUGGUGUUAUUUGGAUCUAAGUCCUGUGACAUCAACAUCACCACAAGUAAUUCUCAAAGAAUUCAGUGCAAAGUUCCACCCAGGGGAAAAGAUGAAUACAGUGUGAAUGUGACUGUUAUCAGAGAGAAUCAUUCUGCAGUUCUUCCCAGAGCAUUUACAUAUAUCUCCUCUUUAAAUCCAAUGAUUGUGUCUCUGAGCAGAAAUCGAAGCAACAUAGCAGGAGGGGAGACCCUUUCCAUUGGAAUGACCCGGCUGCUGAACUAUUCAGAUUUGGAUGUGGAAAUACACAUCCAGGAUACCUUGGCUCAGGUACAUGCACAGACGGCACAGGGCCUGGAGGUGGUGCUGCCCCCGCUGCCAGCCGGCCUCCACAGAAUUUCAGUCUCCAUCAAUGGGGUCAUCAUUCGCUCACAAGGGGUUGAUCUGCACAUCCAGUAUCUCACAGAAGUUUUCGGCAUGGAGCCUUGCUGUGGGUCCCUUUUCGGUGGAACCAUCCUCAGCAUCUCAGGAAGAGGGUUUGGCAGGGACCCAGCUUUGGUUUGGGUACUUGUGGGCGAUCAGCCCUGUGACAUGGUGAACUUGACAGAGGUGAGCAUCUGGUGUGAGACCCCACCGGCCCCGCUGCUGCCCGAUGCAGAGGCUCUCACCAUCCCAGCCCCCGUGGAGGUCUGGGCUGGCAACACAACCUUCAUCCAUGGACCUUCAGCAAGCUUGGUGGGGAAGGGCCUUACCUUCAGGUAUGAAGUGGCAGCAACACCAGUGGUCACCGCCUUGUGGGGAGAAGUCACAAACAGUAGCCUGAAGUUGUAUGUGGAAGGAAGUGACCUCUCUAACUCUGUCAUCCUCCUGGGGAGCUUGAAGUGUGAGGUUGAGACACAGUCUCUUUGGGGCAACCUGAGCCUGUCUGGGUGCUCCUUUCCCCUGCACACUCUGGAAGCAGGUGUCUACCCUGUCCGAGCAUGUCAGAAGCACAUGGGAUUUGCCAACAUGUCUGCAGUGCCCCAGCAAUUUGUGGUGACACCUCGGAUAAUGACCAUCUUGCCAAUGCAUGGUUCUGUGUGUGGCGGGACUGUGCUCACUAUCAGGGGCUUGGCUCUCAACUCUAGAAGGAGGUCGAUUCAGAUUGACCUUUCAGGUCCUUUUACUUGUAUGAUUUUGCAUUUGGAAGACCGUAUAGUUCUCUGCCGGAUCAACCAGAUGGGUGACCACUUGCCUGGAGCUUCCUUCACUCUGAAUGUCACAGUCGUGGUCAAUGGACUGCCCAGCGAGUGUGAAGGGAACUGCACUCUCUUCAUGCAAGAGGACGAAAGUCCUGUAGUGGAUGCCAUGACCAUAGACAUCAGUGGGUCUCUGACCACUCUGCUGAUAAGGGGUCAGCGGCUGGACUCCAGAACUGAUGAGCCAAUGGUAUUUAUAGAUGAUCAACUUCCUUGCAAUAUAACUUUCUUUAAUGCAAGCCAGGUGGCAUGCCAAAUAAGUGGUUUGACCCCAGGAGUCCACUACCUAUCAGCUGUCCAGACAAGUAAUGGGUAUGCUUGUUUGGGUAACAUUUCCAGGAAUUUCUCCAUCAUGCCUCAAGUCUUUAAUUAUUUCCCUAAGAAUUUCAGCACACAUGGUGGAAGCCUCUUGGCCAUAGUGGGCACAACCCUGAGAGGACAGAACACCACAUUGAUCUUUGUUGGCCAACAGGCCUGUCUGAUAGUGAACAUCAGUUCUGAGCUCAUCCAGUGCAUUGUUCCUGCAGGGAAUGACUCUGUUGCUCUGGAAAUAGAGGUAGAUGGAAUUGGGUACCACAUCGGAGUUGUUGGUUACAGCGAUGUCUUCACCCCAGAAUUGCUCUCUGUUUCUCAGAGUGAUGGCAUUUUAACCUUUGCAGUGGCCCGCAUCUCAGGAGCUGCCAAUGUUGACAUAUUUAUUGGGAGGACACCUUGUGUGGGUGUGUCUGGUAACUACACGGUUCUCCAGUGCACCACCCCUUUUCUUCCUGCGGGGAAGUACCACGUCAGGGGUUAUGACCGAAUCAGAGGGUGGGCCUCCUCUGCUCUUGUGUUCCUGUUGAAGGCUACGAUUACAGCAGUGACAGAGAACUUUGGCUGCCUGGGUGGAAGGCUUGUACAUGUGUUUGGAGCAGGGUUUUCUCCAGGGAAUAUCUCAGCUGCCGUGUGUGGUGCUCCUUGCCAAGUCCUGGCUAAUGCUACUGUGUCUGCAUUCAGCUGCUUGGUUCUGCCACUGGAUGAGUCCUUGGCCUUCCUGUGUGGCCUGAAGAACAAGGAGGACAGCUGUGAAGUCAUCAGCCACACCUAUGUGCAGUGUGAUUUGACUGUAUCCAUGGGGAUGGAGAGACUGCCGGAAUUGUGGCCUUACCUCUAUGCUUGUGAAGAAAGUUCCCAGUGUCUCUUUGAACCAGAUCAUUGGAAAAAGUCAGACUUUCCAUCAUUCUCUGGCUUCUUCAUCAGCCCUAAAGUGGAAAGAGAUGAAGUUCUCAUCUAUAAUAGCUCCUGUAACAUUACCAUGGAAACUGAGGCAGAGAUGGAGUGUGAGACGCCUAAUCAGCCAAUUACCGCCAAGAUUACUGAGAUACGGAAAAGCUGGGGCCAGAACACUCAGGGCAACUCUUCCUUUCAGUUCUGCCGGAGAUGGUCCAAGGCUUACAGUUGGUUUCCUGAAAAAGUGCCACAAGAUGGCGACAACGUCACAGUGGAGAAUGGCCAAGUCUUCCUGCUGGACACCAAUACUAGCACCCUCAACUUACUGCACCUCAAAGGGGGCAAGCUGAUUUUUAUGGAUCCAGGACCCAUCCAGCUGAGGGCCCACUCCAUCCUUGUUUCUGAUGGUGGAGAACUCCGGAUUGGAUCCAAGGGCAAGCCUUUCCAAGGCAAAGCUGAGAUCAAACUCUAUGGGAGUUCCCACUCUAUGCCCUUCUUUCCCUUUGGAGUCAAGUUUCUGGCUGUGAGGAAUGGAACUCUUUCCUUGCACGGUUCACUGCCAGAAGUAGUUGUCACCCAUCUUCGAGCAGCUGCCCAUGCCCAAGACAGAGUGUUGUCUCUGGAAGACGCUGUGGACUGGCAUACUGGGGAUGAAGUGGUCAUUGUCAGUGGGACAGGUGUCGAAGGUGCCAGACCAGCGGAAGAGACUGUCAUUGUGGAGGCCGUGCACAAUGCUGACCUCCACCUGAGGUCGCCCUUGAGAUAUUCUCACAACUUCACAGAGAUUUGGGUGGCUGGAGAACACCGCAUUUUAAAGGUCACAGUGGCUCUGCUCAGCAGGCGUAUUACCAUACAAGGAAAUCUCACUAGUGAGAGGAAGACAUUCCUGGCUUCCUGUCAAGAGGCCAACAUGGCAGAAGGCAACCUGCAGCACUGUUUGUAUUCCAAGAGUGAGAAGAUACUGGGAUCCAGGGAUCUGGGGGCCAGAGUCAUUGUUUGGUCCUCCCCAGAGGAACCCAGCCAGGUCCAGUUGGAGGGGGUGGAGUUCCGAGACUUGGGACAAGCCUUCCAUAAGUACAUGAGAUCGCUCACUCUGGUGGGCACUAUGAGAGAUUCCUAUGUCCAGGGCUGUACUAUAAGGAGCUCCUUUAGCAGAGGCCUCAGCAUAUACAGGACCUUGGGCCUGAAGGUGGACAGUAAUGUGUUCUACAAGAUUUCAGGUCAUGCUCUGCUGGUGGGGACGUACAUGGGGAUGAGCUAUAUCUCCUGGGAAACGAUUCCUGGAAGAAAAAAUGACUGGUCAGAACAGGGAAAUAUGAUAAGAAACAAUGUGAUCAUCAGUGUUUCUGGUGCUGAAGGCCUCUCCAGUCCUGAAAUGUUGACACCAUCUGGCAUCUAUAUCCGUAGUCCCACCAAUGUUAUAGAGGGGAACAGAGUGUGUGCUGCUGGCUAUGGAUACUUUUUUCAUCUUGUGACCAGCCAAACAUCGCAAGCUCCGCUCCUGUCAUUCACUCGGAACAUUGCACAUUCUUGUACAAGGUAUGGUCUCUUUGUAUAUCCUAAAUUUCAGCCACCUUGGGACAAUGAUUCUGGCCCCACUGUGCUCCAAAACUUCAUGGUUUGGGGAAGUGCAGGUGGUGCCCAGAUUUUUAGAAGUAGCAAUCUUCAUCUGAAAAAUUUCCAAGUUUAUUCAUGCAGAGACUUUGGAAUUGACAUCUUGGAAAGUGAUGCAAAUACUUCGGUUACUGACAGUUUAUUACUUGGUCAUUUUAACCAAAAGGAAAGUCUUUGUAUGUCAGCUGGGAUUAAAACUCCCAAAAGAUGGGAACUGCUGGUUUCUAAAACAACCUUUGUUAAUUUUGAUCUCAUCAACUGUGUGGCCAUAAGAACCUGUUCAGGCUGUUCCCAAGGACAGGGUGGAUUUACUGUGAAGACCAACCAGUUGAAGUUUACAGACUCUUCAAAUUUAGUAGCAUUUCCAUUUCCUCAUGCAGCAAUUUUGGAAGACUUGGAUGGUUCUCUCUCUGGGAAAAAUAGAAGUCACAUUCUGGCCUCUAUGGAAACCCUUUCCGCUUCUUGUUUGGUCAGUGCAAGCUUCAGUCAGAUUGUCCGGGGCAGUGUCUGUGGGGAAGAUGUUCUCUUUCAUCGCAUGUCCAUUGGUUUGGUUAAUUCUCCUGAUGUUUCUUAUGAUUUAACCCUGAAGGACAGCAGAAAUAAGACAACCACUGUCAAUUAUGUACAUGACACAUUGUCCAACCAUUAUGGCUGGAUGGCUCUGCUUUUGGAUCAAGAGACCUACUCAUUGCAAUUUGAGAAUCCUUGGAUCAACAGAUCUUUGCAGUAUGAAGCAACAUUUGACAACUUUGCUCCUGGCAAUUACCUACUGCUGGUGCACACAGACUUGCCACCUCUGUCUGAUAUUCUUAUAAGAUGUGGGAGUCAGGUGGGUCAGUCUCUGCCAUCUCUGCCAUCACCUGGGCGGGACCACGGCUGUGACUGGUUCUUCAACAGAAAAUCAAGGCAACUCACAUAUCUGGUUGCAGGUGAAGGUCAAGUUCAAGUGAUUCUCCUAGUGAAGGAAAGUGUGCCCCCAACUAUUUCAGCUUCCACCUCUGCACCUGAAUCAAUUUUAAAGUGGUCAGUUCCUGAAACAUGGCAAGACAUUGAAGAGGGAUGGGGAGGACACAACCAUACCAUACCAGGCCCGGGGGAUGACGUCCUGAUUUUACCCAACAGGACUGUCCUUGUGGAUAUCGAUCUUCCCUUCCUCAGAGGCCUCUAUGUAAUGGGGACUUUAGAGUUCCCUGUGGACAGAAGCAACAUCUUGAGCGUGGCAUGCCUGGUUGUUGUAGGAGGGGAGCUGAAAGUCGGUACUUUAGAAAAUCCAUUAGAAAGAGCCCAAAAGCUACUGAUUCACCUUAGAGCAUCAGAAGAAAUCUUUUGUGAUCGUUACAGUGAAAUUCGUAUUGACCCAGGAACAAUUGGGGUUUAUGGAAAAGUUCAGCUUCACAGUGCUUAUCCUAAAAAAUCCUGGACACAUCUUGGAGCAAAUAUUGCCUCAGGAAAUGAAAGAAUUAUAGUAGAAGAUGCUGUGGACUGGCAACCCUAUGACAAAUUGGUCCUUAGCUCCACUUCUUAUGAGCCUCAUGAAGCAGAGGUCCUCACUGUGAAAGAAGUCAAGGGUCAUCAUGUCAGGAUCCACGAACGCCUCAAAUACCAGCACACUGGAAGUGUCCACGUCACGGAAGAUGGCCAACACAUCCAUUUGGCUGCUGAGGUUGGACUGUUGACCCGAAAUAUACGAAUUCAGUCUGACACAUUGUGUAAGGGGAGACUACUUGUGGGGUCCUUCAGGAAGUCUAGCAGGGAAGAAUUUUCAGGUGUCCUUCAACUUCUAAAUGUGGAAAUUCAGAAUUUUGGCUCACCAUCACAUUCAUCCAUUGAAUUCACUAAUGUGUCAGCAGGAUCCUGGAUCAUAUCUUCUACGGUACACCAGAGCUGUGGCGGGGGCAUUCAUGCAUCUGCAAGUCAUGGCAUAAUUUUAAACGACAAUAUAGUGUUUGGCACAGCUGGCCAUGGCAUUGAUUUGGAGGGUCAGGCCUACUCUCUCACUAAUAAUCUUGCAGUUUUGAUGACACAGUCAGUGUGGUCUGCCAUUUGGGUGGCAGGAAUCAAAGUGAACCGCGCAAAGGAUAUCUACCUCCAUGGCAAUGUUGUGGCAGGAUCAGAGAGACUUGGCUUUCACCUACGAGGACACAGGUGCUCCUCUCAAGUGCUUUGGUCUGGCAACGUGGCCCACUCAAACCUUCAUGGUCUUCAUGUGUUUAAGGAAAGUGGACCUGACAACUGUACCUGUAUCACUGGCUUCCUGGCUUUCAAGAACUUUGACUAUGGUGCGAUGAUACAGGUGGAGAAUAGCGUGGAGAUGGAGAAUAUCACUCUGGUAGACAAUGCUAUUGGUCUUUUGGCAGCAGUAUAUGUGUCUUCUGUUCCACAGAGAUCCAUCAGAAAUGUGCAGAUUGUGCUUAGGAAUUCAGUCAUUAUAGCCACCAGCUCCUCUUUUGACUGUAUUCAGGACAGAAUGAAGCCUUACUCGGCCAAUGUGACAUCAACAGAUCGAGCGCCUCCCAAUCCUAGAGGAGGCCGCGUUGGUAUCCUGUGGCCUGGGUUCACCUCAGAACCAAACCAGUGGCCUCUGGAGCCAUGGCACAAAGUGAGGAAUGGCUAUUCAGUUUCAGGAAUCAUGAAACUUGAAGGUGUCACCUUUUCUGGUUUUGUAAAGAGUUGCUCUAGUGGUGACCUGGACAUUUGUAUUCUGCCAAAUGUAGAGAGCCCUGGAAUCAUGCACCCAAUAAUUGCAGAAAGGACUAGGAUGCUCAGGAUGAAAGAUGAGAACAAGUUCUACUUUCCUCCAUUACACCACAGGAGAGAUUUGGAAAGAGUGACCUGCCCUGAAUCAGAUUGUGAAAGUCCAAGAAAAUAUCUCUUCAAGGAUAUGGAUGGUGGAGCCCUGGGUCUGCCUCCACCAAUCUCUGUAUUUCCUAAAACUGAGGCAGAAUGGACUGGAUCUUUCUAUAACACAGGUACAUAUAGAGAAGAACAGAAAUGUACUUAUCGAGCAUUGAUACAAGGCUUUAUGUGCAAACAGACUGACCAAGUACUCCUAAUUAUUGAAAAUGUUGAUGUCACUUGGGCAAUCCAGAAUGUAUAUCCAGUAGUAUCUGUUACUAGUGGUUUUGUUGAUGUAUUUAGUAGUGUAAAUGCCAAUACCCUCUGCUCUACCCCUAGGCCUGUAUCCACUUUCUAUACCAUUUUACCCACCAGGCAAAUCACCAAGGUCUGCUUUGUAGAUCAGACUCCUCAAGUUUUACAUUUUCACCUAUUGGGAAACAAAAGUACCUCUAAGUUUCUUUUGGCUGUAUUUUACCAUGAGCUCCAGAGACCUCACAUUUUCUUAGGGGAAAAUUUUAUUCCACCUACCCUAGUGCAAUCAGUUUCCUCAUUGCUGGAUGAGCCUAUUGGUGCCAACUAUUUCAAUAUCAUGGAUAACCUUUUGUAUGUUGUCCUGCAAGGAGAGGAGCCCAUUGAAAUACGCACAGGGCUUUCCAUUUAUUUGGCCUUCACUGUGACAAUUUCAGUCCUAGAAAAAGGCUGGGAAACAGUGAUGCUUGAGAAACUAACUAACUUCCUACAGAUUGAUAAAAACCAAAUCAGAUUUACUCAUGAGAUGCCUGGCAAUGAAGGGACCUUAAAGAUCAUUGCUGACAGUAGAGCCAAAAGAAAGCGCAAUUGCCCAACUGUGACCUGUGCCAGUCAUUAUAGAAGAGUUGGUCAGCGUAGAACUCUCAUGGAAAUGAGCUCAGACAUAAUCUUACCACCAGCCACUAUGGAAACUAUCUCAAAAGUGAUCAUCAUUGAAAUUGGUGAUCUGCCAAAAGUAAGGAGCUCUGAACUGAUCCCAUCCUUAUCAAGUAGCAAAUUACAGAAGUUGGCUCGCCAAGUCAUCACUGCUCAACAGACUGGAGUGCUGCAGAAUAUUAUGAAUAUGACUUUUGGGGCAUUAGUGGUGACUCAAUCAAAAGGAGGAGUCAUUGGCUAUGGAAACACAAGUAGUUUCAAAACUGAGAACUGGAUAUACACUCGGCCCUAUGUUCUUUCAGUGCUAGUCCAGCCUUCAGAUGGAGAAGUGGGAAAAGAGCUGCCCAUGCAGCCACGGCUUGUUUUUCUGGAUGAACAGAAUCAAAGAGUGGAGUCCUUGGGGCUCCCUUCAGAGCCUUGGAUCAUUUCAGCUUCCCUAGAAGGGACAUCAGAUUCAGUGCUAAAAGGGUGUACCCAGGCAGAAACACAAGAUGGUUAUGUGAGCUUCUCCAACUUGGCAGUCUUGAUCUCUGGGUCAAACUGGCACUUUAUUUUUAAUGUUACUUCCCCUCCAGGAGCCAAUUUUACAGCUCGAUCUAGGCCCUUUGCUGUCUUGCCUGUGACUGGAAAGGAGAGGUCAACCAUUCUGAUGGCUGCUUCCCUGUGCUCAGCGGUCUCGUGGCUGGCUCUGAUCUGUCUGGUGUGUUGUUGGAUUAAGAAAAGCAAAAACAGAAAAACAAAACCUGAAGAGGUACCUAAAUCCCAGACUAAUGAUCAGAAGAACCAUAUCCAUGUCCCAUCCAAACGCCGUCGAUCACAAGAAGAAAAAGAAAAAGAAGAUGCUUUGGCAGAAGAAGAUUUGAGAAUGAAGGUCAUGCUGGGCAGGCUGAACCAGCUUCCCAACCAUGCCCUGGACGGAGUGUCCAGAAGGAAGGUGAGCAGCCACACUGUCCCAGAGGAAGUGGCUGCUACGGCUGCUCCCAGUAUUACCGGUGUCACAUCCCAGAGGCACACUUGUGCUCCGGGGUCUCCUUCUCAGCAGUUGUACCUGCAGGAGAGUGGGAACUGGAAGGCAGCCCAAGAGCAGCUGCUCAGAUACCAGCUGGCAGGCCAAGAUCGACUUCUGCUGCUGUGCCCAGACCUCAGACAAGAGAGCCAUCAGUGGCAGGGACAGAGUCAGCUCAUCAAGAGAAGUAGCAGCUUGGGGCUUUCCCAAGAGAAGAAAGCCUCCUGUGGUGCCACUGAGAAGUUCUGCCUUCAUUCUGCACAACCAGAAACUGUUCAGGAACAGCUGUAA